AUUUGUCAGGCCCAGUGUCUUUUGAAAAACCACAUUGGAACAUCAAAAUUUGGAAACACCUGCUCCCGGACCGCCCCAUCCGCCGGCUGCCCACCGAUGUCUAAAUUGAACUGAGUACGCCUUUCCCUAGCAGUCGCCGUAUCCACCUACCGUAUUCAAGACCCCAAUCCCAGCCCGGGCACAACCGAAAGCCAUCCCCAUACCCAUCCCCAUCCCCAGCUGUCGAACAGACAGCCCAAAGACACUCCCGCUCCUGCUGGAGGUUCGCAUUUAUAUGUGUGCGGUUCGCUUGGCCAACCGCAAAAUUCUUGCCAAACAAAAUAAAGAAAACAAGGAGGAGAACUAACUUGGGCCAAAGCAAAGCGAAAGCAGAGCCAAGCGGCAACGGAAAUUGUUAACCUUUGGGGAUAUCAAACAUUUACGAUUGCGUGGCAGCGGCAGCAACAUUUAAGUUUUUAUCAGCACAAAAUAAAGUUUUGGUUUACGGAUUGUGUUCCUGUUCCCGGCCCCCGGCCCCCGUCCACCGCCCCCUUAUCCGCAUCCAUUAUUUGGCCCAGUGGCAGCCACAAGUGCCCAGGAGCCGGGGCGGCAGCAAAUUGGAGGAGCAGGAGCUGGAUCAGGAGCUGAAAGCUGAGGGCUGAAGACUGAAGGCUCGUCCCUGUUGAUUCCGGGGCACGCAGAACUUUUAUCCUUUUCAAUUUCGCCCUUCUUGGCGAGUACUUUUGAGGGAUUUAAAUUUCUGUUUGCUGCCGGGCCAGCAGCGAAACAACCGUGGGAGCAGCGGCAUCGACUUGCUGGCGACCAGCCGUCAUGAAAGAGAAAAGGAGGAACCGCAAGUCCACCUCAGGUCCAGAUCGCGAACAACCUGGAUCAUCGAAUGCGGUUAACCCAGAGGACAACCCAUCGGACAUGGAAAACCAGCCGCUUUCCCCCGAUGAAGAUGACCAGGCUGUGCCCUUUAUUCUAGUGGACUGCGCAGCCUAUACAGUUCGCUCCGACCUGGAGGCAGUCCUCAGCCAAGUGGAGAAGGAGAGGAUGGAGAAGGUGCAAGCACAUAUAGGGGACACACCUCAGUUGGAGGAUGUGAGUCCACCACCGGAGUUGGACCUGCCCAUUAACCUCAGUUCCCGGGCACUAGCUGAGCUCAAAAAUGCAGAGGAUGAGCGCCGCUUCCAGGAGGAUUUGAAGAAUUUCAGAGUUGACGGGGUCGAUGCAGAAGAGGAGGAGAGAAUGACCCUCAGUGAGAGGAACCUACUGCUGCAGACCACAGCAAACCUGGAGCAGAUUCGCCUGAAGCUCGAACAGCUGAAGAAACUGCAGGAGGAGAUAAUGUUGGAAUCGGAGGAAUCGGUUCUGGAGCUAACUGCAUCAGCUGAAGCUCCUGAAAGACCGGGUCUUCGCAGGGAGGGCACCUUCGACAUUGAGCGUGAUGAUGAGAAGAAGGUAAAUCAUCCUGAAAUAUCCACAAAAGUAUUAAGUAAAGUACAGAAGUCCAUUCCAACGACUGAGCAGAUCAUCAGCCAGAUUGGCGAACUCCUAAUGAAAUUACAGCUAAAGCAGGAGGAUAGGAAGUUACUGACUGAGGGAUCCUCUUACUCCUACAUGGUGACUAUAAAGCCUGCUGGAGGUGCCUCCAAUUGUACAGUUCGUGCAAUUACUAAGCUCAAAUCCCGCGAUUCGAAGAUUGCCAUUGAGGCCAAAAAAUUGAAAACCUCCAAGGCUCCAUUGAUCAACAUAUUCUCCCCUGCUAGCCUAGGAGAAAGGCAGUCCUCGAUGACCAUGACCAACCAUGGCUUGGAUGAGAGCUCCUUUGGCCCAAUGUCCCUGCCCGAAACCUCAUCUUCGCGGGUCAAGUCACCAUUCUUGCGCAGAAGAGCUUGCUCCUACCUGAAGGUUCCUACUCCUGCCAGAUUCUGUCACGGCAAAAAAAGAGAUUAAAACGAAAGAAUUCCCUAGAAUUUCUGUUGUUAAUAUUGGAAGGCUUUCGGUAUAAAUAUAUUUUUAAUUACCAAAGGA